GGGCUCUCUCCGCGUGUCCCAGAGUCCUGGCAACGGGCCAAAGCCUGGCCUGCUAUAAAAAGGAGUGGACACUGAGCCCUGCACAUCUUCUGCCGACUCAGUUUCGGGGAGACCUGGUGGGGCAGACUCUUGGGCACCAUGUUGACAGAACUGGAGAGUGCCAUGAACUGCCUCAUUGACGUUUACCACAAGUACUCCCUGGAGAAGGGGAACUACCACGCUCUCUACAGGGAUGACUUGAAGAAAUUGUUAGAGACCGAGUGCCCUCGGUUCCUGAAGAAAAAGGAUGCAGAUACCUGGUUCAAAGAGUUGGAUAUCAAUAGUGAUGGUGCAAUUAACUUCGAGGAGUUCCUCAUACUCGUGAUAAAAGUGGGCGUGGCCAGCCACGAAGACAUUCACCGGGAGUAGCAGAGCCCUGGGCCCUGGGGCUGUCCCUGCCAAAGAAUAAAGUCCUUGUUGGUACCUCA